CGCCGGUUCACGCACACGCGGUCACACGAUCAUAAGAGCAUUUUGUGUUUUGGAUACCCUAACAGCCAUUCCUUUGGUUUCUGUUUUGUUUAACUUUGUUUUGUUUUGGUAGAGCCGCUCGUCUGUUGUCGGCCGGCUUAGUUGCGAAUUGCGCCAUAAUCGCCGUCAGUGUUUAUUUGUUUACAUUUGUUCAGAAUUUUGGUUUAUAAGAGCCACAGCUUUCUCUUCUCUUCUUCAUUAACACACACUCGGACAUUCACUGGCAAUCAUCAGUGAUUGUGUGCAGCGACACAGAGGUUAUUCCCGGUAAACGUGUUGAUUGGAUUCGCAGACAAACGCUUUGAAAGCCCGCAUCCGCAGAUUUGUAAUUGGAUCUUUGUCUAAUAAAGGAAACCAAAGACAAAGACGGUUUUUUUGACGGCAGUGAACGGUGUUCCCCACACAGGCGCUGUCAUUCUUUUUCAUUUUUCACUGAAUUUUUCAUUUCCUCGCUUUCUUUCGCAAAAUGUUUAAGAGUGUUUGGAAAUCGCUAGGCCGUUUUCUCCUCGGUCUUAGCGUUUUAAGCUUUUCGGCUGAUGCCUUGACAAUUCAAAAGCGUAACAAUCCUGUUUUCGAUUAUACGACAGAAAUUAUCCGCGGUGUAAACAUUGGCGGCUGGCUCGUGCUGGAGCCGUGGAUUACACCUAGUCUUUUUCAACAAUUCGAGGGACAAGCGAACGUUGCGGUUGAUGAGUGGACAUUCUGCGAGUUUCUCGGUGCGGAGGAGGCUCAGAAGCAGCUGAAUGAGCAUUGGAGCACCUUUUACACAUACGACGACUUCGCCCGCAUCGCUGGUUGGGGCGUUAACGUUGUCCGUAUUCCUAUCGGCUACUGGGCGUUUAGCGUCGCGGAUUAUGAGCCUUUCGUUCAAGGACAAGAGUACUGGCUUGACCAAGCCAUAUCGUGGGCUCGGAGCGUUGGUCUGAAGGUGUGGAUUGAUUUGCACGGUGCCCCAGGCAGCCAGAACGGAUUUGAUAACUCUGGAAAACGUGGCGGUAUCGGCUGGCAAAAAGGUGACACUGUUGCGAGAACGUACCGAGUGAUCUCGACUAUUAUCCAAAAGUAUACACAAUCCGCAUAUGCCGAUGUUGUUAUUGGUAUUGAGACGCUUAACGAGCCUUUGGCAGCUAACCUCGACCUUGCCUGGCUGAAGCAAUACGACCGCGAUGCAUACAACCAAAUUUCCUCGCUCUCUAGUACUGUUGCAACUGUUUUCCACGAUGGUUACAUUUCUCUCUCUGAUUGGAAUGAGGGCUUGCUCGACCCCAGUUCCUACGACUUGAUUCUCGACACGCAUCAUUACGAGGUGUUCUCAAGCGGUCAGUGUGCCAUGUCGUUUACCGACCAUCUGAACUCGAUCUGCAAUUUCGGCAACUCGAUUGCUUCUUCUCCGUUCCUUGUCGUCACUGGCGAGUGGAGUGCAGCCUUGGACGACUGUGCCAAAUGGUUGAAUGGUAUGGACACCGGUGCUCGUUAUGACGGCACGUUCACGAACUCUUACUAUGUGGGAACAUGCAACACUGAUAUUAACAAUUGGACCGCCGAUUUCCGUUCUCAAGUUCGUCAGUACAUUGAGACUCAACUUGACCAAUACGAGCGCGGUCGUGGAUGGUUCUUCUGGACCGCGAAGACCGAGAAGACGGCUCCUGGUUGGGAUAUGGGCGAGCUUGUUGACAACGGUAUCUUCCCUCAACCCUUGACGGACAGAAGCUUCGCAGCGUACUGUUCCUAAAUACGGGUGUUAUCCUUUGACAUCUGUCCUUUUACUCUUUGGACUUUUGACAUCUUCAAUGACUCUUCUUCAUGGAUGAUGUAGCGUUAUCCGGGAUGUCCAAAAAUCCGAGUGUUGUUAACCCGCAAUCUAUGUUGUCGCGCUUCUUUCCUUCUGUUAGUUUUUUUCUUUUUCGUUUUUCUGUUUUGGUUCAUUCAUUUUAUUGAAGUUGUUCUCGUUGUUUAUAUUGAUAUGAUUAUGUUUUCCGCGCGAAAAAAAAGGACAGUGAUGAUUAGUGUGUACAAUUGAGUGUUUCAAAGAGUUGUUGAGUGUUGUAUCAAAUUAUCUUUUGCUGUACAAAGUUCUUAUGACUUGAAAACGGGCUUUCACGGGAUUACACACUUUGAGCUUUGUGCACCAACAAGCAGCUGAAUUGUAUCUCGUAGAUCUUCUUUGUAUACGGUGGCAUUCAGUUUUGAGAAUAAAACCUUUGUUCUACUCAUUGCUGUUCUUACUCCCUCUGUCCUAUUCGUGUAACUCUAGAUCUCCAGCGCGAUCCCUCCC